UGUUCGUCGGGGAACAGAUUAUAUGUAUAUAAUAUACUAUAUAUUUUAUUCACAUUUUCACAAACGUCGGCAGCAUGACCUCAUGACAAGCACGUUGAUUUGUUUCUUUUUCGGUUUUUUUUUCCGACUUCGCAUUUCUCAAUAUUUUGUUUCCUCUCUUGGUCCCUCACGUUGACUCGUCGGUCUUCACUCUACAGUCAUCUGUCAGUCGCACAUAUACGCUAUAAUACUCUUAGAUUAUCAUUUUGCCCGAAGUUUCCGCCGCCGUCUGAGACGCGCUCGUGUCGUCAAUAAUAAUAUUAUUUACCACCAUCGUGUCGUCGUCAUUAUUAUUAUUAUUAUUAUUUAUUAUUAUUAUUAUUAUUAUUACUAUUGUAUCCGCCGUGUAGUAGUAGUAGCAGCAUCAUCAGCAGUUGGUCUUGUGGAAUCGACGCCGCAGUAAAACAAUAGCCGGAGUAUAUUUGCGGAACAUACCAGCCCGUGCUGCUUGCGCUUAAUCGUCUAGAGGUAACAAUGUUAUAUUGUUACCGAUUUUAACGUGACUAGAAGCAAUUUCGAAGCAAUGACUUUUUCGCGUGUCCCUGUCACUUGAAGUGCGCUGACAAUGGACAAAAACGUUGUGGUUGAGGACGACAUCAGCUCGUUGAUCGGACAUUUCGCUAAGGAGACGUUCAAAUGCACAAACAGCGAUUCGUUCGGAUUGGAUGUUAUGGAAAAAUGUUUAAAUCUAUUGCGUCUGGACUACAAAUUUAUGAUUAUUGAUAACAGCAAAGGGCGUAUUAAUGAGCAAUAUCCGCAUAAAAUACCAAUUUUACAACAUGAAAAGUUUCCAAGAGGUCCAAGAACUUCAUCUAGUUCUGUUGAUGACAUUUCACCGAAAGGAAAUUGUAAUAGAAAAAGAAACAGUUUAGGUGCUCCUUCACCUAGUAAUCAUUCAUCUCCUGAACCCUUUGUGCGAUCUCAAUCACCAAGGCUUAGUAGCCCAAAAAAGUCUAGUGAUAUAGUUGGUACUGAUGUAGUAUUAAUUGAUACUUUGAUUAAUGAAGCCAAAUUUGCACGAUGUCGCAACCGCUUUGUUGUACCGGUUAUAUUGUAUCAAGGACGAUAUAUUUGCAGGUCGUCUCUUUUGUUGUCUGUCUCAGAAAUAGGUCUGGGAACUGCGACAGCUAAAGGUCUGUCUUUUGAAGAAUUCCGACAAUUGGAUAAAAAAAGAAAAUGUGAUGUGGAAUUACUUAAUGCUUGGAAAGUAGGAACUAUUAUUGAUUUAAUGGUUGAAAAUGAAAAGAGGAAAUUUUUAUUAUCCGUAACAUCUUCAGAAAAAGUAGAUGAUACUCAAAAAUAUGCUGUGUUCCGUAUUAUACCUACACCAUACCCAGGAUGUGAAUUUUUCCUUGAUUUUAAGAAAAACAAUUACAACUCUGAAGGUUUAAUGUUUAAUUGGUCCGAUCCGUAUAUUAAUUCAACACUUAAUGUGAAACCCAAUCCUGCUGUUGAUCAGUUGGAUAUCCAAUGGAGUAAAUACAAGGAGUGGGACUUGCGGCAAUUGACAGAAAACUACUUGAGUUUGAUGUUAAAAUAUGUUUGGUGUUCAUCAAAAGGAAUAUUAAUCCAUUGCAUCAGUGGUUGGGAUCGUACCCCUAUGUUUAUAUCACUAUUGAGAAUGUCCUUAUGGGCUGAUGGUGUUAUCCAUAAAUCAUUAUCUCCUAGCCAGAUUCUUUAUUUAACACUUGGGUACGACUGGUAUUUAUUCGGACAUAACCUUGAAAAUCGUCUUGAAAAAGGAGAAGAUAUAAUGCAUUUUUGUUUUCAUUUCCUCAAAUACAUUUUUAGUGAUGAUUUCAAGACACCUACUAAAGCUUCCGCAGUUACGGCACCAAGUAGUCCUAAAUAUUCCUCAUACAUGAGUGAAUUUGAUUUAACUGAUUUGGAUCAAUUGGAUAUUCGUUCACGAAAUAACAGUAAUGGCAGUAAUGAAGAUUUAACAAAUGGUAAGUCCUAUGAUAUGUUGGAAGAUAAUCAUUCGCAAUUUGAUUUUGAACAAACAGCAACACCUAAACUAAAAUCAAUAAAAAAACCAGCAGAGAAAUUUUUUAUAAAAGAAACAAUAUAUGAAAUGGAAGACAUUGAGGACAUUGAUGAUGAUGAUUUUAUUAUGUCUGAUGAAGUUGAAACAAAACGGUACAAAUGCUCAUCUCCUCGCAGGCGACAUCGUUCAGUUAGGUCUCCAGAAUUAGAUUUUGAUUACGACGAUUGUGAAAUCCCAUCCAAUUUGGAUAGAACUAUGCCAGUUGAUAUGCCUACUUCACAUAAACAUAUAAGAACCUAUUCAAAUUCAAGUGAGACUGAUGAGUGGUCAAUGGUAACUCAAACCGGUAGCCUGAAUGGUAAUGAUUUGUCUGAGAAUAGAUUUCGACCUAUUUCAUCACGAGAAAACAGAUUAUCUGCUGUUAGAGAAUUGUUCCAUAAAUGUUACAGUACAUAUGGCUACAAAACGGACGGUCCAGAAGAAUUAAAAUAAGUUUAUAUAAAGUGUCAUCAUUUUGUGAUGUGUUUAGAUCUUCGUGUAUUACUUUUUGAUCAACUACAAGUUACAACUUCCUUGAAUUUUAAAUAUUUACACAGUUAAUAAUCAAUUAUAAUAUUACUUUAUUUUUACUCAAGUGUUAAGGUAUAAUAGUAUAAUAUAAAUGAUAAUCUUGAGAUUUUUACUAUGAUCUGUGACACUCAUGGUUUAAUGGUUUGACUCUUGGGUAGUAAAAUUCUAUAUUUUGUUUAAUUGUUUACACCAUAAAAGUCCAUUGACAGAAAAUAUGAAUCUAUGUGUGUAUUAUUUUGGAAAGAGAUACACCUACUAAUAAAGUUACCACAUUCCUUUACGUUUUAAAUUAAUAUAAUUUUCAGAGCUAGUGUUAAGAAUAUUACUUGCAAUUAAUGAAAUUAGUCACAAAUAAAUAAAUUACUUAUGAUAAAAGAACAUUGAAAUAACUUUGUUAGUUAUGAUUUGCGGCUAUAGAAUAUUGAUUAAUAUAAUUGUUUUGUAUGUUAAAACCUAUUACACUUUGAUAUAUAUUUUAUAUUAUAUACUAAUAAUCAAUUGUAUUUAUUAAAAACGCUGUAAUAACAUUAGGUUAAAUUAAAAUAUUUAAAAAUCUUAUUUUAUUAAUUUAUUAAUAUAUAAUCUUUUUGUCUUAACAGGAUAUACUUCUAUAUUUCAUGUUAUAAACUCAAAUGUGUGAACCAAUUUUACUCUGUACAUAUUUUACAAAGAAUGACUUAUACAAAGAAUAUUUACUUAUCAUUGAGUAUAUUGUUUGAUAUUGAUAAUGUUUCUUAAAUUUAUUAUAUAACAAUUUUUCUAACACAUAUUUAUUGAAAUCUGUUGGUUCAUGCAAAUUAUUUCUUAGACAUAAUUUUUUAAAUACGCAACAACAAACAUUGUCGUAUAGACAUGCAAACAUUUGUAAUAUACUUGAUAAAUACAAGUAAAUAAUUUUUCAUUUCUCUUAAAAGGAAACUAAAUAGUCCAUUUAAAUUUCCUUUAAAAAUAAAAUGGAUAUCCUUUAAAGCAACAUUAAUUACUAAACAAAUCAGUAUAGUUAAGGACUUUUUUUAAUUUGUAUAUAUGCAAUAAGGACUUGUAGUCCGGUAAACAAGAUAGACUGGACGGCACAUUAAACGAUCAAUACUAAUAAUACCUUAUCUAAUUUUUUUUUAAAUGUUUGUUGAGUGUACUAAAAAAAUACUGAUCUUUUCACAGAUUAAACUAAAUUAACUUGACCCUUUUUGAUUCCCUUAUUUUAUCUAGUAUUGUAAUUCAUUAAAAAAUUUUUUUUUGUAAUUUUUUAACACAACUGAUAAAUUAUUAUGUUGUAAUCAAAAUUGUUGGUCAUUGAGUAUCAUUGAAAAACCUUCAGUAAUUCACAUGAAUCUCAAAUCCAAGCAACACAACAUUCUUGUAUUUGUUCGAACUAUCAAGGUUCUACUUCAUUAUCAAUAAUUAAUUCUUAAUAUAAAAUUUACCUUAACCUAUUGUAAUAAAACAUCAAAUAUUCAUUUAAUCAUCUCUGCUAUUAAGUAUAAUUAAAUUUAGGUUACUGUCGAUGUUAAUUCAGAUUUGAUAUUGCAAAUAGGUGUACAUAUUUUAUUUAUUAAAACAAUUCCAAAUUUAUAAUCAAUUUUUAAAUGAAAUGUAAGAUAAUAAUAAAUAAUUUAUUUUGUAGCCUACUUAAAAAAUAUUUUACCUGUUUGGCUAUUUGUAAUUGUAAAAGUAUAAAAAUGUAUUUUAUAUUGUUCAAAAUGAUUAAUGGAUGCGUUUUAUAAGGUUAGAAUUUGUUAAAACUAUUGUUUCCUAGCAAAUUGUGAUUAGAGAAUAGUUAAAUUACGGCCUUAAUAUGAACUAACAUGCCUUUGGUCAGGUAAAAUAAUGUAAUUUGGUCAAAAGUUUUUCUAUUGGAUAUGUUUUUUAUUUUGUGUAAAUUUUGGAAUAAUCAUAAAUAUUAUGUAAAGAAAUAAUGUCAUUUAAUCAUACAUUGUACAUAGUUUUCACCACCAAUAUAUGAUGAGUUUAUUUUUA